ACAGGUAACGGCCGCCGUGGGGCGCCACUGGUCCCAUCCGGGCAGCGCUCGCUUUAGUUUACAGGGUUUGUAACGAAGAUUCUUUAGACGCUGGGCCUUUCCGAAAGCAAAACACCAGCUAAGCGUUUGUGACGCUCUUAAAUGUCUCCGGCCUACACCCAUUUGGACAUGUCAGGAAGAGGAAGAUGGCGGCCGGGCGGGAGAGACAGCUGCCUUGGCUGAUGCUGGCGCUGCUGCUGGGCGCCGUGUCUGCUGGGGAUUACAAGGAAUCGCCUUCUUGCCCAAAGAAGUGUCCAAUACUGUGCAACAGAACCUCGGCCCCGCAGACGAAGAGAAUGUCAACAAGCCUCACAUUUAACGACAUUCUCCCAGAAGAUCCGAAACUGUACGAUAAAAUGCGACCACCGAAGAAGGAUGGAAGCCCAACAGUCGUUUAUUUUCACGUUACAGUCAUGGGUCUGGAUUCCAUUGACGAAAAUGCAAUGACGUAUGCGGCUGACAUAUUUUUUGCUCAGACAUGGAAAGAUUUUCGCUUACGCUUACCAGAGAACAUGACAUCAGAAUACAGGUUACUGGAAGUUGACUGGCUGAAAAACAUGUGGCGACCAGACUCUUUCUUCAAAAACGCAAAAGCUGUUACGUUCCAGACAAUGACUAUUCCUAAUCACUAUAUGUGGUUGUAUAAAGACAAAACUAUCCUCUACAUGGUAAAGUUAACGUUAACAUUGUCCUGUGCAAUGAAUUUUAUGAUUUACCCGCACGACACUCAAGAAUGUAAGCUGCAAAUGGAAAGUUUAUCGCAUACCACAGACGACAUGAUAUUCCAGUGGGACCCCGACGUUCCUUUAGUAGUUGAUGAGAACAUAGAACUUCCCCAGCUGCAGCUAGUGAAAAAUUCCACUGCAGACUGUACUCAAGUUUACUCCACAGGUAACUUCACCUGUCUGGAGGUUGUAUUCGUGCUCAAACGUCGCCUGGGAUACUACCUAUUCCACACGUAUAUCCCAACCUGCCUGAUUGUCAUUAUGUCUUGGGUGUCGUUCUGGAUCAAGCCCGAGGCUGCGCCAGCCAGAGUGACGCUGGGAGUGACGUCACUGCUGACGCUGUCGACGCAGCAUGCCAAGUCGCAGGCGGCGCUGCCUCCUGUGUCCUACCUCAAGGCAGUCGACGCCUUCAUGUCAGCGUGCACCGUGUUCGUGUUCAUGGCGCUGAUGGAGUACUGCCUCGUCAAUAUAGUACUCGGUGACUCGGACGGUCCGAAGGCUCAAGCAGAAGCUGCCAAGGCAGAGAAAAUUUUUGACUUGGCAGCGAAGGUGUCCAGACCGGAGCGGGGCUGCGAGUCGCCUGCCCAAGUUUCAGGUCUAGAGCUCUCAGUUCGCCCUACGUCUUCGCGUCAGCACGUCAGAAGUUCAAAUGAGAAUGCCCGGCUUUUGACUGGGCAACCACCUGCACCUCCAAGACCAUCUCCAGCUCAAAGGAACAGGAUUAGAGCCAUCAACAUUGAUCGAUUCUCACGAGUAUUUUUCCCUCUGCUGUUUGCAAUUUUAAAUUGCACUUACUGGGUUAUGUUUGCUGAGUUCUUGUAACUGUCUAUUGAUUUUCAGUUUAAAAUAUAAUUUGUUAAAGAAAGUCUCUAAAAAUGGAAAGAGCUAAUGUGCAUAUCAUGUAGUGUCAGAAAUUUUUUAGAAGCUUCUAUUUAUACAUGGAAGUAACUUUCUGCUCUGGCACUGCAAAUAGUAAUUUUUCUUCAAUUUCAGUCUGGUUAAUCUGAGUAAAUGUAAUUGCAAGACAUCAGAUGAAUAAUUAAUGAAUGUAUAAUCUGAGGUUAGUUCAAUCACAAGAACUGCAAUGCAGUGGUACAACCAAAUAUGCUUUUUGUAAAUCCUGUACUAACCACACAGAUUGCAAGAAUUUUCUGUCGCAACUAACUUUUGCUAAUACUGGUGCUAUGUGACAGAUAUCUUCAUAACAUAAAUCAGAACUCAUAAAAAAUGCACAACUAGCUAAAUGUGAAUGUUAGUAGAGAUUACUAGGAUGCACCUGAUGGAAUGAAACUGUAUUUGAGAUACAAAAACUUCUAUAAAUAAAAUGUUAAAAUAUAGUUGGAAUGUAAGUGUUCUCUGGUACAAUAGUUAUAAUGACCAUUUUAGUGAAUAAAUGGACCUAAAUGUCAUAAUUUAAAGAAAAUAUGGGAUGUUUAAUACUAAGUUCCUAAGAAGCUACAUGAAAAAGAGUUCAUAAAUUUAUUGUGUAGUAGCAGUCUGUACAAUGUCACAUGCUACAAGUGUUAUAGGCCCUAUAGGUAACUGUUUGCAACUUACAAUUGCAAUUAAUGUCACAAAAAUCAUUGCAAAAUUUUGUUGUUUGGUGUGUCUUCUUGUUUAUGUAUGUUUAAAAAUAUUUAUGCUGCACAAGGAGCAUUUUUAAUAUAAAAUUUCCUGGUGAAAAAAUUCUUAUUUAGUAUUUCCAGCAUUGUCAUAGACAGAUUAUUCUCCCCAGUUAUUAGUGGACAUCAUCUAAAUCAAAAAGAGGGAGAACAUUUUGGAACAAUUUUAUAUAAUGUUGCAUAUGAUAAAAAAUCUUAUGAGUGUUUCCAAAUUCUGCUCAUGAUGACCAUUUUCAUCAAUCACUAAUAAAUACUCAUUAAAUCACAGAGAGACAGAACAUUUUGACUGACUGAUGCCUUUAUGAUAGACAUCAAGGUAUUACUGUAUUUCAUAAAAAAAUAAAUCAUCAACAAAUUUCAUCACAUUUGUGUGCUGGUAAUCAAAAGGGAAAGUGAAUAAAUAACUUGUGUUUUAGACAGUCCUUCCUCCAGAGCUAGGUUUGGAAGGACAAGGGAGUCAUGGAUGCUACUAUUACAGAUGUGUAUGGGACAUCAACCAGUGUAUACAUUCUUAUGCAAAAGAUGUGAAUAAGUUGUUAUGUGAAUAUAAAUCUUCAGAUUAAAAUGUUAGUAAGGUAGAAUUGUCUUCAGUGCAUGUUGAUAGUGUGUCAUAAAUAUUGUACAGAAAGCACUGAGUGAAAAUUAUAACAUUGGAAAAAUGUGUUUGGUAAAUACAUUGUAUGUGUAUUGCUUCAUAAAUGAACUAAAGCUAUCUGUAAGGUAACAUGAAUGUGAAAAUUCCAAUCAUCAUUCCCUGGAGCUCAUAUUUUACAUUAGAAAAAUUCAUUGGUUGACAAAACAUAUUUGGUAUUAGAAUACAGUUCCUUAGAUCACCUUGAUGUUAAUGGACAUGUAAGUGAAUGCACUACAGUGUGGUACAGCAAAAUAGUCAUAUACUUGAACCCGAAAUGUUACUUCAGUUUUACAGACCAUAUAGAUUGUGUGUCCCAUACUGAAAAAUUGCCUGUUAUUGAUCUCAUAGCCAUAUAUGUUUCUCCUUUAUCUAAUCCUCUACAAACAUAUCUGAUUCAGCUAAAGCACUCAGACAGAAAAGCAGCAGUAGUUUAACCCUUGGAAGGCUGAAUUCCAGUCAAGACAUAGUAUUAAGGCCACAGACAACAGGAAAUCCAAGUCUAUCCAAAUCAAUAUUAUUUUACAAGCACAAAAAUUGAGCAAUUUCCUUGUCAUAUAAAACUUGUGUUGUAAAAUGUGAUACCAAGUAUAAAUAUUUAAAUCGUGUUACAUGUCAGUUAGUGAAUUUUUUAUCUUAAAGUAUGCUAUGUGACUGGCAGUGUGUAUGGAUUUUUCCAACAAUUGUGUGGGAAUUUUGCUUAAUUUUAAAAUGAACUCUACUUUUUCUAUCAUCGAAAUGGCUUUGAAAUGAGUUAUAAUAAUGCACAUUCUAAAAAUUUACACAAUGUUCCUGAGCAUUUUUUUUCUAAUUUUGCAGUAAAUGCUAAUGCAUCAGAAGUGUCAUUAUUCAUGAGUGAUCUUCAUACUUUGAAAGACCAAAGUACUUGCAGCAGAAGCAUUAAAGUGAUUACAUCUCAGUCACCAUAUUUUGUAAGCUUGAAAAAUCAGACAAGAGUAACUAAUUUAAUCUUUUCUUUUGCAGUUUUUCAGUAAAGAACUGUAUUCAGUUCUCUC